GACGACGGUCUUUGCACACCACAUCGAUGCCCUCUGCUUCGCAUAUGUCGACGCGCCGGCGACUACUCCGACGGCUGUGUGACUAUAAUGGUGGAAGGAUAUAGCAGAACGUAACGCGAAGAUAGAUAACGGUGUUCACGUCGUGGAGAAGGAGAUGCUUGUGAUGUGCACGUGAAUCAGUGCCGCGAAAGCUGCCAAGAGACGAGGUUUGACGAGGCCGACUGAUCCAUCCUAUCCCUCGGGACGGUCCCGAGGAAUCCGUGAAGAUCCUUGUUGAGAACUGUUCCUGAGAUCACAUCUUGUCUGCAUAGUUCAUCGUGAUUUUGCCGAUUUUGACAGUGAUUAUGGACAGGACGCGACUUACAUACGUUACAACUGUCGCUGUGGGCGUCGGCACGGCGGUGUUCUUCAUCUGGUGGUGGUGGAAUCGAAAACAAAAGCCUCAGCCACCGUCGAAGUGGCGAAAAGUCGGAGAAUUGAGCGAUUUGAUCGUGUACCCGGUCAAAUCACUCGGUGCAAUUCGCAUGACGGAGAUGGAAUGCACGGCAUUGGGACUAAAGUCCGGUUGGUUGAGAGAUCGGACAUUGCUUGUCAUCGAUCUCGAGGGACGAUUUCUCACUGCCAGGCAGCUGCCCAAAAUGAUCAAUGUAUCGCCUAGUAUUUCCGGUUCUGUGCUUACAUUUCGCGCUCCGGGCAUGAUGUCGAUGUCGGUGGAUCUUGCACAAAUUCGCGGCAAGAGUUUUCGAGUUGCUGUGUGGGGUCAAGCGGUACCGGCACGCGAUUGUGGUGAGGAGGUUGCCCGUUGGUUGUCACGCUUCAUCCUUCAGGAGGAUACCGGUCUCAGAUUGGUCUAUUAUCCAUUAGAUCGAUCGGUGAAAUCAGUGAGACAGAGAAAUCAUAAGAUCUUUCCUUUAGAAGAAGAGGGAGACUUGGGAGCCUAUCCAGAUGAAACGAGCUUCAGUCUGAUCAACGAAACGUCAAUAGCAGAUCUUAAUAGCCGACUGGACGAACCGGUCACUCCGCAACAAUUUCGCAUGAAUUUCGUGGUCAAAGGUGCCACUGCUUACGAAGAAGAUAAAUGGGAUUGGAUGAAAAUCGGGAAUGUCAUUAUGAGAAACGUUAGGCCCUGUACAAGAUGUAUCAUGACUACGAUAGAUCCAGAGACUGGCACAAAACAUUCUAAUGCGGAGCCUCUGAAAACUUUGAAAAAUUACAGGCAGGUAACAGAUCCACAGAUUCGACCUGCAGUUGGCGACAGUCCAGUUAUGGGAAUUCAUCUUGCGCUGCGAGGACCAUGCGGGAUGGUUCGCUUGGGUGAUCCAAUUUACGUGGGCAUCCCGGAAGAGGAAGCACCGCCUUUGGUUUCACCAUCUUAGCUAUACCGUUGGGACUCUUGCGAAAUUUCGGAACAUGAACUCGACACGGAUUUGUCGAUCGAGGAUCAAAACACGUGAUAAGCGGAGUCCAGAAUCAAUAAUAUUGAUACAGAUGCUAUAUACACACAAAUGCGUAUAAUAAUAUGUAGAUAGGAAUAAAUGAUUUAAUAGAGAGAGAAAGAGAGCGAGAGGAAGAGAGAAAUUGUGGUAAAUAUUAAAUAAGAUUAAAAAAUUGUACAAUUGUUAAUAAUAACUUAUAGUUUAUGAAACGGUAUAAGUUUCGUGCAAUGGACCUAAUUCUAUACGUGAUCUAAAUGUUCAAUUUUUAUAUCACACAUGAAAUUUUAAUAUAAUAGCGCGUGUUUAGAGAUUUGAAAAUAUAUUCUGCCACAUUAUCAAGAAGAAAUUGGUAUUUGCUUCUUGAAUAUUAUUUAACUAAAAUUAUCGAUCUUUAAAAUAGAAAUAAAGUUAAAUUUAUUUCGAAACACACAUACAAACAACAAAAUUUUCUUCAAAGAUUAUUUCUUCAUAAUGGUUUCUAUGGAGGAACAAUGAUUCUUGAUGAUAGUGAUUAAUAUUAUAAUAUGAUACAUUAUUAAAUGAUUAUUGAUGCGACUUUAGAAUGAAUUACAUACGUAUACGAUCGUGUAUAUUACACGAUACUUUAUUUAUAAAAUUAGGAAACAAUAAUGAUAACAAAUAACUGUUCUACUGUGCUUUGUUAUUUUUGUUUAGCUUUAUCAUAUUAUAAUAUUUUGUUACUCGGAUCUAAUCUGUAAAUUCUAAGGGCCUAGUGGACUUCGUCAAUUUUAUUAAUAUCUGUAUCAAAAUAUUUUUCUAAUUAUAUUUUUGUAAAAAAAUUGUAAUAAAUCAUUGAUGUGUUUGCAAAUGG